AUGGAUCUCAGUCUAUUUCUGAAUAGCCUCCUAGAGUUUUAUCUGAGCUUCGGCUUAGAAUAUUUAUAUGACAAUCUCAACAUAAUUUCCAUCUUGGUGUUGAGCUUGUUCCUCUUCUUUUUUAUUUUCUUUGUGGGAAUUCCAUCAAUCCCAAACUUCCGGAAAAAUGAACAUACACAAAAGCGUCAUGGCAGAGCCAGGAGGAGGAGGAAAGGUGGGACACAGGAAGGUUUGAACUAUUAUCACAGGAAGGAGGAGGAAAGGGAGCUGAUUUCUUUCCUGAAAAGACCCUCCUUUCAUUGUUCUGGUCCUGUCUCCUGCAGCCCCCUGGGACAGAAUUAUGAUAUCACUCGCUUUCGUCAACUUUUAUGUCCAAACCCCUCCUGUGAGGUGUGUAAUAAUGCAGCUGCUGAAAUUAAUCAGAUUUUCUCAAAGUCUUUGGAAGUUUCUACUCCAUCUGUGUCCCCUGUGGCUUCGAUUGCUCCUGUGACUGAGCCAUCAUUCAGUCAGUCCUCUGCUAUCCCAGGAGUCCCUACAGGAGAACUCGUACGAACUCCUCUGCCUGAGCCUUCCCCACCACCUCCCUCAGUUCUCCCCUUAAAGUCAAGGACCACUUUGGGUAAUUUUGUCUCAUCCUCACCACCGGGUCAAACUCUGCCUCCAGAGCCAAUGGACCAUCCUUCACCCCAACCCAAAGACGUGUUCUCUUCGACCUUGACACAAUAUGAUCUUCAUCAAGGGUUUCUUGCCCUCCGUUCUACAAAGAUCUCUCUUGGGGCAGACCCUGCAGCCAAAUUUAUAGAUCCUAGACACCUCUUAUUUCUCAGCCCUGAUGAACAUGACUCAGCUCAGCAGCACAUACAUCCUAAGACCCGGGAUAAUCAUGUAAAGCAAAAACUUACCCAGUUUUUUUGGGGUCUUCCAUCUCUGCACUGUGAGUCUUUGUCCUCUGCUGUUCAUGCCUCAGGUGACUGUGCAGUAUUCUUUAAUAGCAUUUCAACUCCUUUCACAGGCCAAAAGUCCCCAGGACCUCCUUAUUGCCUAACUCCAUCCUUGCCUGAGGUUCAACCUCAACCCUUGCCUCAAACCCUGCCUCAAUCCCAACACUUAGAUCUUACUCAGAUCCAACCCCAGGCCCACAUUCAAUCCCCACUCCCAAUCCUACCAUCCAGUCCCAUUACCCAGAAGAAGGUCUGUGAAGUGUUUUCCUGCCGACCCAAGAAUGAAUCAGAAUGUCUCACCUCAUCUGAAACUAAGCAUCUGGAAUCAGAUGUGUUGCCAAAGGAACAGGAAAGUUUGAGGGGCUUAACCUCUGUGGUUCAAAGAUCUAAGGCCCAUGUUGCAAUAUCCAUCAAUCCUGUAGAGUUUCCUCUUAAGAGAGAAUUUCGAGAGAAAUUUGAGAGUCACCUUAGAGUGAGGCUCAUUCAAUACCACAAGGGCCAGCCCUGCAGGACCCAUUGGUCUCUCUCACUACUUGAGCCAAAGAGCAACACUAAAUCGGGCGCCUUCAUGCCCCUGAGAGGAAACUCUGACUCUCUUAUUGGAGACAAAGCAGAAAUAGAAAGUACAGCUAAUGACCUGAAUUUUCCUCUCCCUGCCACCUCACUGUUGGUCAAUAAAGAACAUAAGCCCACUUAUAUCCAACUUAAAGUCUCAGAGGAAAUCCAUAAAAUUUUGAAGGCCAAACUGCCUGUUGCAAACACCAUUAGUGGAAGAAAAAGUCAAAGACAUUCUCUGGUAGCGAACAUUCAACCCCCAAAGAUGCCUGCAAGGCGAGCAGGGACCCCACACAUGACUAACAAUAACAUUGUAUCUUCUAAGGACAGAGCAGAAAUAGGACAGGGCUCAAAUGGGGACAAAUCAGAACCUACCUUCAUAGCUAGCGUGUCCAGGGAAAUAGUCAGGGCUGAGGGGUUUAAUGCCAUUCAACCCAAAACAAUUAGCGUUUUCACAACCAGCAAGCCAGGAGUCUCCCAAGGAAUAAACAGAGAAACUACUGUGACCAUUGAAAACCACCAACCAUCUAAAUUAUCAGUUCAAGCUCCUGACUUCACAGAACUUGGAAAACAAGUAAUGGCUGAGUUGAAGGCAAAGUUAGAGAAAAAGCAUAGUCAGGCCCAAGACGAACACAAGGACAUGUCCCAUGACUCAGACAGCUUGACUGACAAAGUUUCCCUGAAGCUGGCUAAGUGUGGGCCCAGUGUGGUCAUGGAAGCCCCCCAGGUGCUGCAUGUCAGGAUGAAGAAGCAGCAGGAGCCAUGGCUUCCUAAGCACAUGCCACGGUCCUGCCAGGAUCAGAAUGUUCCACCAGCUGUACAGAAAUAUAUGAUGCACCCUCCCCCAAACCCUACAGAACCCAAAAAUGAAGAGCUCGGUGCAGGAGAUGCAGGAUUGACAACUUCCCAACCUGGAGGGAAGAAAUUUCCUCCUCAGGGCACAGCUUUAGAGGAGAAGUUUGGGAGCCAGUCUCCCCAGACCCAAUCUCAUAUGGGAGAGGAUCUACCCAAUAGCCUCUUCCUAAGUAAAGUGAAGAACUUUUUAAGACGACUUCAGCCAAAAAUAAAGUGCAACAUUCAAGAAAUCCUCCAGGAAGCAGGAAUCCCCAUGGAUUUGGCACAGAGCAGAGGAGGCCCAGGUAAAAGCACAGGUGCCCUUACUGGGACCAUCAUGCAAGUUCACAGAGUAAUAUCAAAUAUUGGGAAGUUCCCAGAAGAGAAACUGGGGCGCCAGCAGGCAGGAAAUACCACCUCCCCUCAAGAGCCCCUUCCCUCGGCAGCGCAGCCUGGGAAGCCUGUGCAGAAGGAAGCAGUGCAGGCCCAGGCAGAGCCAGGCCAGGGGCAUCCUUCCCACCGCAGAACUCCCGCAAUUAAAAAUGCCAUGUCCAGCCGCCAUGCAGCUAUCUUGGCUGAAAAGGGCUCUAGACAUACCAUAAACAAGGACAAACACCCCCAAAACGUGGCAUUAAAGCCACAUCAGAAUGACCCCCAAUCUGUGCUCCUCAAGGGGACUGUGCCUCCUCCAAGUCCCACCUGCAGGCCUCAAGCCACCAAGGGGCCUCUUUCUGUUCCCACCACUGCUGGAGGCAAUGCGUUCAGACAUCAACCUCAACAAUUUAGACACACGAUGCUUCUCAAAAACUUCCAGGGGGAACCAUUUCCCACCCCCAGAUAA